AUGGGCGCAGGAUGUUCUACAGAGUCACCACAGACAGCGACUUAUGAAAAAAGUCAGGUGAAGGAAGAAACCACCAAACGAUCACAAGGCCGCAACCGAGACAGGAAACAAAGUGGCGCUUCUACCGCCGACGGUGCAGUGAAAACAAAGAAAUCCAGAGCAUCGGUACAGCUUCAGCACAACCCACUGUCUAAAG